AUGAUCGAGACCAACAAUGUGUUGUCAAACCCCGAGGACUCAUUUCAAGCUGGAGAGGGUACGUACGUCCUGAAGGAAGACCUCCAUCUCGCGACUCCGCCGCCCCAUCCAUCCGAGGCACCCGUCGUGAACCCAAACCCACUGGCCACCACCCCGCAACCUGCCUCUGCCGGCACGCGCAUAUCUCUUCUCACCUUGGACACCAAACCACCGCCCCCUGCUUUCUACCGCCUCACCUCCUCCACCGCCCUGCCGGACAGCAUCGCCGAACAUCCCAGCGAGAGUCGAUACUCCAACUCCAACGAUCCGUUUUUGAGCAGCGAUGGUGAAGGUCGUGGCACCUCGCUGAGCGAUGCGCCGGCAUCUCUCACCGGAGCCUCAGCGCCAGCCUUCGGGGAGGGUAACAGCUUGCUGGCCCCAGAAAAGACCAAGGACCUGAACAAGAGGCGCAAGCCCAAGAAUAACAUGACUAAGAGUAACUCGUCCUUCAUUUCUCGCGUCAUCAUCAACGAAACGCUGUCCAAGAAGUUGGCCGAGAGAUCCAGCGAGGGCUUGUUCGCGUUCGCCAACAUUAAUCGCGCCUUCCAGUGGCUAGACCUCGCUUCCCCUACAAAAUCGGACUACCUGACCAAGAUCCUAUUCACGAAAGCGCAUUGUCUGAGCCACGAUGUCAACCAGGCCACCAAGAGCGUUACCCAUUUGGACGUCAUCAUGGGUUUUUCUACCGGCGAAAUCAUUUGGUGGGAGCCUGUGUCCCAGAGAUACACAAGGUUAAAUAAGAAUGGUGUCAUCAACAAGACUCCCGUCUCACAGAUUAAGUGGAUUCCGGGCGCCGAAAACUUGUUCCUAGCAGCACAUAUGGAUGGCUCCCUAGUGGUAUAUGACAAAGAGAAGGAGGAUGCCUUCUUCAACCCCGAAGAUGAACAAAUACCUGGCGCAGAGGGCGAAGCACGCGUGGACUUCUCAAAACGAAUCCAGGUGCAGAAAUCCGUCCGCUCCAAGAAUCAGAAGGUCAACCCCGUCGCUAUCUGGAAACUCUCCAACCAGCGUAUCAAUGCAUUUGCCUUCUCGCCCGACAACAGGCAUUUAGCCGCGGUCAGUGAAGACGGUACAUUCCGAGUUAUCGAUUAUCUAGAGGAGAAACUCUUGACCAUAUUCCCAGCAUACUACGGUGGAUUCAUGUGUGUUUGCUGGUCUCCCGACGGCAAGUACGUCCUGACAGGAGGCCAAGACGAUUUGAUCUCGAUAUGGGCUCCUUUCGAAGGUACUAUCAUUGCCAGAUGUCAAGGGCAUGGCUCCUGGGUGACCUCGGUGGCCUUUGAUCCAUGGCGGUGUGACGAACGAAACUACCGCUUCGGUAGCGUUGGAGAAGAUUGCAAGUUAUGCCUCUGGGAUUUCAACGUUGGAAUGUUGCAUACUCCUAAAGCGGCCUCCGUUCGACACCGCGGCUCCGUCUCUUCGCGAAUGCCGGGACUUCAACGCGCCGAAACUCAAGGAACUUCCAUGUCCAGGUUGAGAUCGGCAUCCGUGAUUUCCACUGCGGACGGGGACGAUGAAGAAGAUGUGAUCAAUGUGCCCGUGCGGCCAAGAGGCCACAUCCCCUUUCUGCCACCUGUGCUCACGAAGAAGGCGGAUAAGGAUCCUCUCUGUUGGCUGACAUUCACCGAGGACGCCAUCAUGACGAGCUGCAAGUCUGGCCACCUAAGAACGUGGACGAGACCAACUGAUAACACUGCUUCAUAA